CUUGUCCUUUUUCUCUCUCUCUCAUUGAAGAAUCCGCCCUUGAAUUUGAGGCAUCUUCCCCCCUCUCCUCUUUCAUGCUUCUUCUGUGGUAGCCUUUAUUGUUCUUGCCUCCCCCUCUCUCUCCUCCACUUUCUCUCUCUAAAAAUCCCCCCUUUUAUAUAUAUUCCAUAUAUACAAACACAACCCAUCUCUCUUUUUGCUCUCAAUUCCAAUGGCAGUUCAAGCUCAAUACCCUUCCAAUGUCCUCCUCCUCAACAGAAACAUUCAAGAAGAUCAUGAUUUUUCAUUACAGCCUCAACCUGGUGGAGUAGUAGCAGCUGGAGGAGUUCUUCCACACCCCCAUCUUCUCUUCAACAAUGGAGGUGGGAAUGAUAAUAAUAUGAAUUUGAGGAAAAGAGGAAGAGAUGUUUCAGUUUCAGCUCCCACCAUUAUCAAUCAUCCUCUCUGUUUUCAUCACCAAUCUCAAAUUAUUGAGAUUUCUCAGCUCCAUAGCCACCACCAAUCCUCCAAUGUCGUCUCCACCGGCCUCCGGCUGUCCUCCGGCGACCAACAACAUAAGCUCCACCAGCACCCGCCGGCGAUGAAUGAGAAUAAUCUUGUUUCUCUCUCUUCCUCUGUUUUAUUGUCUAGCGAUUUCGCAUCCCAUAUCAAGCAACAGAGGGAUGAGAUUGACCAGAUUCUUCAAGCCCAGGAGGAGGAGCUGCGGCGGGCGUUGGCGGAGAAGAGGCAGAGGCACUUCCGGGAGCUGGUGGGAGCGGCGGAGGAGACGGCGGCGAGGAAAUUGCGGGAAAAAGAAACGGAAGUGGAGAAGGCCACUCGCCGGAACGCGGAGUUGGAGGCACGCGCCGCCCGGGUGAGCAUGGAGGCGCAGGCGUGGCAGGCGAAGGCGAGGGCGCAGGAGGCGGCAGCGGCGGCGCUGCAGGCCCAACUACAGCAGGCGGUAAUGCGCGGCGCCGGAAUGGGCGGCGGAGGAGAGGGCGGCGGAGACUGCACGGUGGGGGCGGCGGAGGACGCCGAGUCAGCGUACGUUGACCCGGAGCGAGUCGCGGCCGGGUCAGGACCGAGUUGCAAAGUGUGUCGGAAGCGAGUUGCGUCGGUGGUUCUUCUGCCGUGUCGGCACUUAUGCGUUUGUACGGAUUGCGAUCAAGUGGUUCGGGCCUGCCCUAUUUGCCGGGCCUUCAGAAAUUCCAGUGUUGAAGUUUUUCUCUCCUGAGGCCCAAUAGGCCCAACCCCCAGGCCCAAUGGUAAAAAGUAAAAAUAAAAAAAAAAGAAAAAAAAGAAAGGAAACCACACCCAAAAAUAAAAAAUAAAAAAAAAAAUCUAUAUUAUAUUAUAAUAUUAAAAAAAAACACACAUUUUGUUUUUCUUUUUCUUUUCUAUCUCUCUAUUUUGAUACUUGGAGAUGUAAAUGGCCAUGUGGAGGAUGGCAGUGUCUUUCUUUUUCUUUUUGGUGAAAUUUAAUUCAAAUAUAAAUUCUUUUAUUUUAUUACCAA